AUGUUAAGCAGCAGCAGCAGCAGUAAUACAGAUCCAGAGACAGGGUGCUAUUACUGUACUGUUGGUGAUGUGAAACACAAGGGAAAUACACACUUCAAGCACGUGAAUGGCUGUAUUGAGUACGACCACUGCACGUGCAACUGCGAUGGAAGCUGGAACUGCCCUGGAGAAUAUGCUACAGAUACUUGCAGAACAAAUCCGGACACCGGAUGUUAUUAUUGCGAAGUUCAUGGGAAACGGUAUGAAGGGAAUUCGUAUUUUCAACAUACUAACGGCUGUAUUGAGUACAAUUGUGUGUGUAAUUGCGAUGGAAGUUGGGACUGCCCUGGGGAGAGAGCUCGUGAUCUUUGUAGACAGAACUUAACCACGGAGUGCUAUUAUUGCGAAGUCGAUGACUAUUUAUAUCAAGGAAACUCACAAUUUGAUUUGGUGCGGGACUGUUACAAAUAUCCCGGAUGUACCUGCGCGUGCGAUGGAGGAUGGACAUGCGCACAUACUAGGGGGGAAUACGUAUGUGAUCCAAGGGGCCGGGAACAAACCAACUGCAACAUCUGUUAUUUUGACGGAAAAGUAUAUCGUGGUAAUUCCAUGUUUUCACUCGAUAAAGAGUGCGUUAAGUACAUCUGUACUUGCGACUGCGCCGGGAGAUUUUACUGUCCGUCAGCCAAUGCAAGGAAAACUUGCGAAAACGGAAACAGUGCUUAUUUUGCCAGCAUAAGUUACGGCGUCAAUGUUGGGCAUGCGCACACGAGAGCUCCAAGACAAGUAAGUGUAGAUACAGAAUGUUCACCGUGUCAAGUAUCCGAUACAGAAUUUUACCAAGCUGGGGACCAGUUUUCGCUUGAGAUUAAAUGCAACAGAUUUCAGUGCUUUUGUAAAUGUGAUGGUACCUACGAAUGCCCAUCUGGAGGCACAGUUAACAUAUGUAAAGGGUCAGGGACCUCUGGAGGGUCCUCAUCAUCCCGUGGAUCCUCGUCAUCCGGCAGUUCUUACCGUUACUCCAGUGGCGGGACAGCCGUUUCCGGUGGUGGAGGCAUAGACGCGACGUCAGCUGGUGCCCGUCGUGGUUCAAGCGUUACGGCGAUUGGAAGGGGAACCUUGGUGAAUGCAGAUGAGGACAGGGAUACAGGUGUAAGCGUCUGCAGGAACUGUGAAUAUCUCGGUGUGAAAUAUGAAGGUAAUAGACCGUUCACUUUUGAGAAAGGAUGUUUCCAGUACAACUGUUUUUGUGCUUGCAACGGAAGCUUCAAUUGCCCGUCAGAAAGGUCCGAAUAUAUAUGUGAAGGCAGGAGGGAGUGUGUCAGGUGUGAUCUCACGGAUUAUGACGGAAGUUUUAAGGAACCAAACACAAAUUUCCAGAUAAGAAGAGGUUGCGAGCUGUUCGAGAAGUGCAGAUGUAAUUGUGACGGUGGAUGGAGUUGUGAUGAUGGAGUAUACACAUGUGAAUUAAAGUCAGGAUGUGAGGUAGAUGGGAAUAGAUAUGCAGAGGAAACGGUGUUCGAGCUAACACGAGGCUGUGACAAAUACAAGGACUGUUAUUGCCAUGCGGACGGGCGAUGGACAUGCGCGGGAAAGGAUGUUGAAGAUUUAUGCGGACAGUGCCGGAAGUGCAAGAUUGGAGACAAUUAUUAUGACGGAGACACAACUUUUAGCGCAUCUGUUAAUUGCACGAGAUACAGCAGAUGUGCCUGUAAUUGUGACGGAUCGUAUGAAUGUAGAGGCGGCAGAUUCACGUGCGACUCACGUGGUGACCAACCACCGGAAGGACAAUGCACUGAUUGCAUUAUAGAUGGCAGACGAUACAGGCAGGGUCAGAGUUUUGAUUAUACGUCUUCUGACCGUGGGUGCUUGAAGUUCAGGGGUUGUGAAUGCAGAUGUGGCGAGACCACGUGCCGUGAAGUGGAUGACACAUGCGGAGACUGCCGCUCGUGCAAUGUUGAUGGUGUUGAUUAUGCAGGGGGUACACAGUUUAGAUAUAAGCAAGGGUGUUAUGAGUACAGCAGAUGCGAAUGCAACUGUAACGGGCGAUGGGAAUGUUUUGGAGACUCAGCAAAAGACACUUGUAACACGUGCCGGAAGUGUAACGUUGACGGUAAAGUCUAUGACACUUACAGCAAAUUUAAACUAGACCGAAAGUGCUGGAAUUAUCAGUGUUUCUGUCUUUGUAACGGGACAACAUUUUGUCCUAGCGCUACGGUCGUUAACACUUGCAACGAACCAGAUCGAUGCCAAAGAUGUGACGUCGAAGGGCGCGAUAUUCGCGGAAACACUCACUUUACUUACCAGCUGAAUGGUAUGGACAUGUAUUGUCGAUGUAAUUGUGACGGAAGUUACGUGUGUAUAGCCGAAUGGAUGUAUAUUAGAGAGGACGUGUCAAUUUCCGGUACAGGGAUAGGAAGCGAUGUAGACGGUUGUUUCACGUGCUUAAUGGACGGGCGUACCUACAAAGGUGACACCAGAUUUAUAAUCGCUCGGUCCGGUAUAACGUUGGAUUGUAAAUGCCAUUGUAAUGGCGGAUAUUACUGUUAUGGGGAGACAACUUUUCAAUUUCAAGGUUGUCGGUCCUGUUAUUUGUAUGGCCAAACUUUUAACGGAGACACAAGUUUUCCUCUGAUCUACAACGGAUUGAAAGUUGCAUGCCAGUGCAAAUGUGACGGAGGUUACGUCUGUUAUGGAGCCGAGAGCGAGACGGUCAUUACUUGUAUAGGGGGAUCAGGUUGUCUUCCUUCAAAAUGUGGUCAGUGUAUUGUAGAUGGUGUGCGUUUCAAUGGACUCGACCAGUUCGGCACAGUGUACAGGGGACAGAAUCUUCGGUGUGACUGUGGCUGUGACGGGUCAUACUACUGCGAAGGUUCAGGGGGGAUAAUUAUCUCCUGUGUCAGAGGUCGUGGGUGUGUAGAAUUAGGAUGUAGCUCGUGCGAAGUAUUUGGCAAUAGAUACAACGGCGGUUCCGCAUUCGAACUGUAUUAUAAAGGACUCAAACUCGGCUGCCAGUGCGAAUGUGGUGGAAAUUACCAGUGUUUCGGAAGUAACAGGGAGGUAAUCGUGUCAUGUAUUGACGGAAACGGAUGUCUGUCUGGAAGUUGUCGCGCAUGCGUGGUAAAUAAUAGACGUUACAAUGGAAUGACAACGUUCAGAUACGAUUACAACGGUAUCGACAUGUUGUGCACGUGCGCGUGUGACGGAAGUUACUAUUGUGAAGGUGUUACAGAACUGAUACAAAUUUCGUGCAUAGGUGGUCAGUGCACACGAUUAGGAUGUGCAUCAUGUAAUGUGUUUGGCCUUGCUUACGAAGGUGAUUCGACAUUUGACCUCAUUUACUCUGGUCUGAAGCUAAAGUGUCAAUGUUCCUGUGAUAGUGGAUACGUUUGUUACGGCAGUUCAUCAACCGCAAUAGUCACGUGUCGCGGAGGGCGUGGUUCUGGAUGUUUACCUUCAACAUGUAGUUCGUGCUUAGUGAACAACAGGGAGUAUGCUGGCAGGUCGACCUUCCGUUCAUCGUAUAAAGGUAUUGAUAUUAUGUGCACGUGCGGAUGCGAUGGUACGAGCUACUGUGUAGGGAUCACAGCAAGUAUUGAAGUCACGUGCACGGGAAAUACGUGCACCCGUAUUGGAUGCAAAGAAUGCAAUAUAUUUGGAAGGGAGUACAUUGGAGGAUCGCAAUUUGCAAUGAUUUAUCAAGGUUUGCCCGUCACAUGCGAUUGUGAUUGCGACGGGGGAUAUAUCUGCAAAGGUUCAAGGGGAAUAACUAUUAUUACUUGUGUAAAUGGUGUUGGGCCAGGCUGUUUACUAUCUAGAUGCAGUCAGUGUGAAAUUGACGGACGCCGUUACGACGGGGCCUCAAAAUUUAGAUACGUGUAUCAGGGUAUAGAUAUGGACUGCACGUGCUCGUGCGAUUCUUCCUAUUAUUGUGAAGGUGUCAGAGAAGAGAUUCAGAUCUCCUGCUAUGGUGGAAAAUGCACAACUAUUGGAUGCAAAACUUGCAAUAUAUUCGGACAGAAUUACGACGGUGCAUCGAAUUUCAAUAUAGUCUAUGCCGGUUUAUUACUAGAUUGUCAGUGCGGAUGUGACGGAAGUUACACGUGCCGCGGAGAGCAGGAAGCGGUUAUUAUACAGUGCCUUAACGGGCGGGGAAACUGUUUAGACCAGUCAUGCCGAACUUGCCAAAUUGGCGGACAGACGCUUGCAGCACGAUCAACAAGCCGUGUCGAAUAUGACGGCUACGAUUUAAAUUGCAUAUGCGGUUGUGAUGGCUCCGUAUAUUGUACCGGAAUAAGUACAGAAAUUAUAAUCACUUGUAUUGGCGGGAAAUGUUCGCCACUGGGAUGCACUAAUUGUAGAGUAUUUGGAGAAGAGCACAGAGCUUUAUCUGCAUUUAAUAUAAUUUAUUCUGGUUACCGGCUGGACUGUCGCUGUGACUGUAACGGCGGGUACCAUUGUGAAGGUACGGUAAAUUUAGACUGUAGGAACCCCGGAAGCCGGGAUUGUCUUAUUGACACUUGCAACAGUUGUCUUCUUGACGGAAAGCAGUAUAGAGGAAAUUCGGUAUUCAAAUAUGAUUACAAUGGAAUCGACAUGGCCUGCACGUGCGGGUGUGACGGAAGUGUAUUCUGCCAAGGCGUUACAGAGAUUAUUGAAAUACGUUGUAUAGGAAGUGCAUGUUCUCCAAUAGGAUGUAGAACUUGCCGGAUAUUUGACCGAGAUUACGCGGCUUUCACAAAAUUUGACAUCAUAUAUCAAGGAAUUAAACUUGACUGCAAAUGCGCAUGCGAUUCCAGUUACUUCUGCAUCGGUUCUUCCGGGGAAAGGGUAGUCGAAUGUGAAGCUGGGCGAAAUUGCCUGUCUGACCCGUGCCGGAAGUGCGUUGUUAAUGGCAGACGAUACAAUGCAUAUUCAACUUUUCCGCAUAAAUAUAAAAAUAUUGAUAUGGAAUGCAGGUGUGGAUGUGAUGGGACGGCAUACUGCGAAGGUACGGAGGAAAUUAUCUACGUAUCAUGUAUAGGGGACACUUGUUCUCAACUGGGAUGCCAAACUUGUAGCAUAUUUGGAAAUAGUUACCAAGGUGAUUCAAGCUUUGACAUUGUCUACAAGGGUGUGAAAUUAGACUGCACAUGUAGUUGCGAUUCGUCAUAUAGGUGUAUAGGUAAAAGCCCCGAUGACAGGCUGGUCUGUCCCGCCGGUCAGACGUGUGUAGCAGACAGGUGCAAGAAGUGCCGAGUAAAUGGAAAGAGAUAUAGUGGGGGCCAAUCUUUCGAAUUUGAUUACCAAGGUAUCAGAAUGUCGUGUGUUUGUGGCUGCGAUGGAACUUACUUCUGUAGGGGCAUUUCUAUUGAAAUUGAAUUUUCUUGCUUUAGACGUGGUGGGUGUAAGCAAAUUGGUGGAUGUCGCUCUUGUAACAUAUUUGGUGUAGAGUAUGCCGGAGGGUCUAGGACGGAUUUUGUUUAUCAGGGGUAUUUUAUGAACUGCGAAUGCAAUUGCGAUUCCAGUUAUAAAUGUCUUGGGACAAAGAAUGAGGUCAUAAUUGAAUGUUCGGCGGGACGGGAUUGUUUGGACAAGGGAUGUGGCACAUGCCGUAUUGACGGACGUGAAUUUCAAGGAAACACGGAGUUUGAUUACUUAUACAAUGGUAAGGAUAUGCGCUGUACUUGUGGUUGUGACGGAAGCUAUUAUUGUAGGUGUAAAGACGAUGACUCGGAAAUUUCGUGCAAUCGACGCGGUUCGUGCACGUGGAUUGGAUGUAAUACGUGUCUGUCUGACGGGACUCAACGACAGGCGUACGAAGAAUUCGAAAAAUACUACGACAACAUUAGAAUGAAUUGUUUAUGUUCAUGUGAUGGUAGUUAUCGAUGCCAAGGUGUAGAUCGGAGAGUUGUGAUAAUAUGCACGGGAGAAUCGUGCAACCUUCAGGGAUGUCGGACAUGUUUAGCUAAUGGCCGCGAAUACCAGAAUAACGACGAGUUUGAAAUCAGACGUGGGAGUGAAAAGAAACGAUGCACGUGCAGAUGUGAUGGUACCACAGACUGUACAACUGUGGUAAACCCAACCUGUGUUUCAUGUAUCAUUGAUGGGGUUACAUUUAGAGGACAUUCUCGAGACAGACUUCUUAGAGGAUCUACUAUGCAUAUUUGUGACUGUUACUGCAACGGGACACAUAUUUGUUAUCCUGAGAGUAGACCAACCUGUAAUGAAUGCGUAAUUGGUGGCAGACGAUAUGGCGGAAGAACGCAAUUUGAAGCGGAGUUGGAGGGAACACGCAUGCAAUGCACAUGCGAUUGCAAUGGAAACUUUGUCUGUAAAAGUGACUUCAGAACAUGCACGUCAGCCACGGGUUGUGUCGAAAAUUGUAGAGAGUGUAUAAUUGAUGGUCAAAAAUUUGGUAAGAAUUCAGAUUUCCAAGCAAACGUUUUUGGAUCUCGUAUGACAUGCAGCUGUGACUGCCAAGGAAGUUUCACCUGUCGAAGUGAUAGUCGCACUUGCACAACUUCGGGUUGCGUCGACAAUUGCAGACGAUGCAAUAUCGACGGGCAAAGUUUUAAAGGUAAUACCAAUUUCGAGGCAAACGUUUUCGGUUUACGAAUGCAAUGUAGUUGUGACUGUACAGGAAGUUUCAGCUGCACAAGCGAGACCCGCACGUGCACUGCAUCUGGCUGUGUCGACAAUUGUAGACGAUGCAAUAUCGACGGGCAAAGUUUUAAAGGUAAUACCAAUUUUGAGGCAAACGUUUUCGGUUUACGAAUGCAAUGUAGUUGUGACUGUACAGGAAGUUUCAGCUGCACAAGCGAGACCCGCACGUGCACUGCAUCUGGCUGUGUCGACAAUUGUAGACGAUGCAAUAUUGACGGGCAAAGUUUUAAAGGUAAUACCAAUUUUGAGGCAAAUGUUUUCGGUUUACGAAUGCAAUGUAGUUGUGACUGUACAGGAAGUUUCAGCUGCACAAGCGAGACCCGCACGUGCACUGCAUCUGGUUGUGUCGACAACUGCAGACGAUGUUAUAUCGACGGACAAAGUUUCAAAGGUAAUAGUAAUUUUAAGGCAAACGUUUUUGGAUCUGCUAUGCAGUGUAGUUGUGACUGUCAAGGUAGUUUCACCUGUCGAAGUGAUAUUCGCACUUGCACAAGUUCGGGGUGUGUGGAUAAUUGCAGACGAUGCAGUAUCGACGGGCAAAGCUUCAAAGGAAAUACCAAUUUCGAGGCAAAUGUUUUUGGUUUGCAAAUGCAGUGUAGUUGUGACUGUACUGGGAGCUUUAGCUGCAGAAGUGAAACACGCACGUGCACAUCGUCUGGUUGCGUUGACAAUUGCAGACAAUGCCUAAUUGACGGCCAACGUUUUCAAAAUGAUAGAAACUUCUUAGCCGAUGUGUUUGGAGACCGUAUGCAAUGUAGUUGUGAUUGUUCCGGAAGUUACACAUGCACUAGCAGCCGACAAACUUGUUCUUCCGCUUCCGGUUGUAUAAAGUCGUGUCGGGAAUGUACAGUAAAUGGACGGCGUUACACCGGAGGUUCAGAAUUUGAAGCGGUUCUUCAGGGAAUUCGCAUGAAAUGUUCAUGUGAUUGCGCCGGAAGUUGGGUUUGUAGAGGUGGAACAUAUACAUGCACAAGUUUUGGAUGCACCAGUAGUUGUCAAGGUUGCGAGAUUGAAGGACGGUUAUAUGACGGUAAUACCAGAUUUGAAAUUUUCCAUAAUGCAUACGGAAUACAAAUGACAUGUGAGUGCGAAUGCAGCGGGUCCUACACAUGUAAAGGGACGAAAGAGGUUCCAUCGUGUGUUGGAUCGGGAUGUUCUGGGGGCGGAUGUAAUGACUGCAUUAUAAAUGGAGUGUCAUACAAAGGAAAUUCUCAAUUCGAAGCAAUAAUAGACGGGUUACGUAUGCAGUGCACAUGUUCAUGUAGUGGUGGAUAUCGCUGUACCGGAACUAGAACUGAGACAGAAUGUUAUGGCCCAGGAUGCACUGAGACCGGAUGUAGUAAUUGUGUCAUCAGGGGAAAAACGUAUCGCGGGAAUUCCCAGUUCCAAAUAGAUGGUGACGACGGAGUAAGGAUGAAGUGUAUGUGUGACUGUGACGGGCGUUACUCGUGUAAAGGUGAAAAGACUACAACAGUGUGCGUCGGGGCGGGCUGCGAAGGUGACGGUGGCACGAGGUGUGUUUCUUGCAACUUCGAGGGAAGAGAGUACAAAAGCGGAAGUACCUUUAAGACAGUGAGAAAUGGAGUGAACAUGGACUGUACCUGUGCGUGCACAGGCGAGGUAAGAUGUGAGGGUAGAAGGGUCAUAGAAUGCGAUGGACCGGAUUGCUUUACCGGAUGCAGAAGAUGUGUUAUAGACGGUGUGCCGUACACUGGUAACACUAGGUUCAAUUUACGAAAAGGCAAUGUUGAUUACUCGUGCAUUUGUUACUGUGAUGGGUCGUAUAGUUGCAAGGGCUCAACAGGGUUCGAAACCUCAUGCGUUGGCGAGAGUUGCGCCGCUGACCAGUGUAGAAGUUGUAAACUGUUUGAUAAAGAGUACCAGCUUGAUGCAAGGUUUAGACUUCAGAAGAAUGGCCUCAUUAUGAAUUGCGUCUGUGAAUGUGACGGUGCUUACAGAUGUUUUAGUAUUUCCGGUACUUGCCUAGGGGAUGACUGUGAUGUAUACGGCUGUAAGUCAUGUAUGGCGGAGGGCAAAGUUUUCGGCGCAAACUCGCAGUUCGAACUUUCCACAGGCCUGAUCUGCACGUGUCAGUGCAAUGGCGAGUACACUUGUAGAGCAAAAUCUCUGCAAGUUGAAUGUGUGGGCUCUGACUGUGGUGUUGGAUCCGGCUGCCGGAAAUGCAACAUCGACGGUGAUAUUUAUCCAGGAAACAAACGCUUCCAGAUUCGUAAAUACGGCUUAUUAAUGCAGUGCGCGUGUAAUUGUGACUCCUCUUACACGUGUCGCGGUUACCAGAUUAUUUCCACAGGUGAAAGCCAGGUCGGCUCGGGUUGUAGUUCUUGUGAAAUAAAUGGACGCCGUUAUAACGGAAAUACACGAUUUCAGGUGAUGAUCAACGGAGAACGUAGCGUCUGCUCGUGCGAUUGCGACGGCACAUAUUCAUGCCAAGGUUCCGAGGUUGAAUGUCGUGAGUGUGUAAUCAAUGGACAAAGAUACGCAAGUAACAGCGACUUUUCCUUGACCCAGAGUGGAAAAAGCAUUCGAUGCCGAUGUGACUGCAGUGGAAACUUUAUUUGUGAAGGAAGAGGAGGUGGAACGUGUAGAGGUAACGAAUGUGGGACGGAAGGAUGCAAUGUGUGUACUAUAUUCGGCGUGCGGCAUAGAGGUAACUCGAAGUUCACAACUGAUGUUGGUGGUAUAAGAAUGCUAUGUGAGUGUCUAUGUACAGGAGAAUAUACAUGCAAAGGGUACAGACAAAUAACGAAUGUCAUUCUACCGGCAGUAGAAGAAAAAACGUGUGAAACAUGCUAUGUCGCUGGAACUGAACAUCCUGGUAAUACUGCAUUUAAAAUCCAGAGGGGUUGCUUCCAGAUAGAAUGUAUAUGUGGCUGCAAUGGUAUGUGGGAGUGCCCGGAUCAGACGCCAUCAUACACGUGCCCUGGUGGUGGAAUUGAUUUGGGGUCAAAGGUUACACAGCAGCGUUAUAGCAUUGCCGGAAGUCAUGUUUUCACUACAGGUACGGCUAGUACAGAUUCUAAGUCUACACUUAUUUAUACAGGAGAAGAAACUACAUCAACAGUGUUUGGUGCGGGCGCGGAUUGUCGGUCGUGUUUCAUAAAUGAAAGAGAGUACAGUGGAGAUACAGAAUUUGUAUUACAAGAUGGAUGCCUCCGAUGGACAUGCGCGUGUGACUGUUCCGGUGGAUGGAAUUGCUCCGCCGUCACCGGAAGUGAAUGUGAUGGACCGCUAUCACCAUUCGAACCUAAGCAGUGUAAAGAAUGCGAGGCUUAUGGAGGGCGAUAUCCUCCUAAUCGACAGUUUCAGGCAGAAGACAAGUGCUAUCUGUACACGUGCACUUGUAACUGCGACGGAUCAUGGGAAUGUCCGAGAGAAUUGACAGUUCAGACAUGCAGUGACACUUCUUCUGUGUAUGACCCAGAGAAGGGCACGUGCCGACAAUGUAUUAUUGGACCUAAUAGAUACAACUAUGGAGACACAUUUGACCUCGUGGACAACUGUAUUAAUUACAAAUGUUUGUGUCAAUGUGAUGGCAAGUACAACUGCCCAGCUUCAACCGGAGUUCGAGUCUGUCGCACGGGUUCAGGCUCCCCUGGACGGCCAGUUACAACGGGAUCAAACACUGUAACUCAGACUGGACGCACUGUAGUUGCAAUUCGCCCAGCCGGAUAUGGAACGGGAGGGAAAUAUUCUAACACUGGUACCGGAACCGGAUAUACCAGUAGUUCAGCACGCAGGAUGUAUAAGAUUCAAGCAAGUGGAGGAUCACAAGGACACUCCGGUGGUAGUUAUUCAUCGAGUUCACACACCGCAAGCUCCGGAACUUCCGGUUCGAAGGUCAUCAGUUCAAGUACUUCCGGUUCAGAUGGCCAAGUAGACCUAACUUCAUUGUUGAGCGGAAACGAUUGUAAGGACUGCAUCGUGAAUGGAGAGGCGGUAAGAGGAAGGCGAUACUUUACGUACAUUUCUGGGUGUAUCGAACACUUAUGCGACUGCUUCUGUAAUGGGACACACUUCUGCGACCCGGACAAGCAAAUCAACUUCUGUGAGCUGGACCGUGCAAGGGCCAGUAACACACAACCAAAAGGCUGCAGAAUUGGAAACAGAACAUACAAAACCGCGUUAUUUUCAUACGAGAAGAAAUGCAAGAAAUAUUACUGCCGUUGCUUUGACGACGGCACCCACUUCUGUGACGAAAAAAAGACGAGGAAAGUUUGUUAGCAGACGACAUCAACUAUAUUUACUGAGUUUUCUUUUCAAAUUUUAUUUCUGUGUUGUGGAAAGUUGCCUGAUAAAACUGAGAUACUCCAAAUAACUGCACACGAAUGUGCAUGCAACUGUUUAUGGAAAAAAGAUUCGACAGUUUAAGCGGAAUUAUUCAUAUAAAUAAGCCGAUUUGCGACUGUAGUUUAGAGCAACUGUUUAAUCAAUAUUCCUGACACAUAGUGACAACACUAUCACUCUGAUGCUUUGUUUAAAUUUUAACGACAAUAAACUUUAGAAGCUGCGAUAUACAUGAAGAAAUACCUUCUUAAAUUCCAGCGAUCUUCCUUCAUUCCCGGGUCAUUUCUUUUGCCCAGUGUUUCAUGUAUCAUUACUUGAAGGUAUGUUAGAAUGUAAAAUGUGUAUUUUUUGUUUUGCUUUUUUUUAGACACAACCUAUUCAUAUUGUAUUUGACUUACACAUGUGUAGUAUUUUCAACCUAUCAUACAGUAUUGUUUGUACGUACACACAGACAUGUUUAUGAAUAUGCAGGCUGAUCUUGAUCUGCAUUUGUCGCAAAGACAGAAUCACUUGCCGCCAGCAGGCUAGAUGUUAAGAAACCCAAAAUUCAUUACCAUUAAUUGCUCUUUUGUCUUUUUGGAAUGUUUUCUUUUGCGAUGCAUUAUGUAAACAUAAACUUUUGUCUUAUCACAUAGUAUAUAUUUUGUUCAUAUCACUUUUCUUAAUCAUUUACAACAAAGAGCUUUAGAGGUUAUUUUCUUUCAAUGAAAACAUGAUGAUGUCCAAGAGAUGGUAGAGAUCCUGUGUAAUCACUGCUAUAAGUACUUCUGUUUAAAGGGUCACGCCGCCAGAAUUAUUACAUUAAUUUCAUUGUUUUAUGAGAAACUUUCAUUUGUUGUUCGUCAGGAGAUCUUUCAGAGUGUCGUCUGCAAAAUCAACAAACCGGAAGUUGGUGUUCAAAUGUCUGUAAAAAGUGCAGAAAUUCUGUCUUAGGCGCUAAAAUGUUAUAUAAAAUAGGCAGUUCGUUCAGCUUUAUAGCAUUUAGCGUUUUAGUUAAAUAUAUGAGCCGUGCCAUGAGAAAACCAACAUAGUGGGUUUGCGACAAGCAUAGAUCCAGACCAGGCUGCGCAUUCGCGCAGUCUGGUCAAGAUCCAUGUUGUUCGCUUUUAAAGCCUACUGCAGUUAGAGAAACCGUUAGCGAACAGCAUGGAUCCUGACCAGACUGCGCGAAUGCAAAGUCACUAUGUUGGUUUUCCCAUGGCACGGCUCAUAUCGAUUUAUAUUUAGUUAAUAUUCAAUUUAGAUGCUAUCUGUUUUGAAAUUUUGAUAUUGAUCUGGUGGUGUUCCUUUUAAGUCGCACUUUGGAUUUCUACUGCACUUUGGAAGACUUUAGUUGAAUUGAAAUACAUAUAAACUCAUUAGUUAGGAUUUAGGAUAUUUUUAUGCCCCCGAAGGGAGGCAUAUUAGUUUUCAAAUGUCCGUCCGUUGUUCCUUCGUUCGUUUGUUCGUUCGUCACAACGUUAACUUUUUGCAUGAAGGCACUUUACUCGCGGACCACUGCACCCAGGACCUUCAAACUUCACAUGCUGAUAGUACUUAUUGAGUACACGACCCCUACUGACUUUGGGGUCACCAGGUCAAAGGUCAAGGUCACUAGGUCAAAGGUCAAGGCGCUGCGGGGGCAUUUGUCACCAUUAGUGACAGCUCUUGUUCAAUUUUAAUUUUGUAAAGUUAUAUAGCAGUCAAUGUUUUAAUAUUAUUGUAAUUAUAAUUUUAAUAAAUUCAUUCUGAAUUUGA